ACUUUUAAUAGCUUUGUCAUGUGAUGGAAAGCAGUUGUAAGACAGGUGCCCUCGGUUCAUUCUCGGCGAGGGGCGGCAGUUGCCUGUGUGCAAGCGAGUGGGAAGCGUGCGUGGAUUUCUUUUUUACUUGAUUUGUUUUCCCUUUUUUUUUCUUUUCAGCCCCUUUACCGACGCUUUUUUGACGAUUAUAUUUGGGCUUUGUUUAUUUUUAUUUUUUUUCCACGGAGCCGUCAUUCAGUGGCUGGAUGGCGUGGGACAGGUGUAACCAGGACUCGGUGUGGAGAGAAUUAGAGUGCGCUGCCUUGGUUGGCGAAGACCAGCCCCUCUGUCCCGAUCUCCCCGAACUCGACCUCUCGGAGCUGGACGUCAGCGACCUCGACGCCGACGGCUUCCUGGGCGGCCUCAAGUGGUACAGCGACCAAUCGGAGAUCAUUUCUGCGCAGUAUGGCAACGAGGCGUCCAAUCUUUUCGAGAAGAUAGAUGAAGAAAAUGAGGCCAACUUGCUGGCAGUGCUUACAGAGACCCUGGAUAGCAUCCCGGUGGAUGAGGACGGUCUGCCUUCGUUUGAGGCUCUGGCAGAUGGGGACGUGACCAAUGCCAGUGACCAGAGCUGUCCCUCCUCCCCCGACGGCUCGCCUCGCACCCCGGAGCCCGAGGAGCCUUCCCUGCUGAAGAAGCUCCUUCUGGCGCCCGCAAACUCCCAGCUCAGCUAUAACCAAUACACAGGUGGCAAGGCACAGAACCAUGCAGCCAGCAGCAACCACCGUAUCCGAACGCCACCUGCUAUCGUCAAGACGGAGAACCCCUGGAAUGGCAAAUCAAGAGGGGUCUCCAGCCAACAAAACCGCCCUCUGAGACGGCCUUGCACAGAGCUGCUGAAGUACUUAACAGCCACCGAUGACAUCCUGCUCCACACCAAAGCCAACGACGUCAAAGGCAGCUGGAGCGGCGUCCCCGGAAGGGACAAGAACAGCCUGGGCCUCGGCGCUUCCUCCUCCUCUUCCUCCUCGCCGUCCUCGUCGUCCACCUCCUCCUUCUCCUCCCUGUCCUCCACUUGUUCUUCGUCCACCGCCGCCUCCAAAAAGAAGUCGUCCGUGCCGCCCCAACCGCCGCCGCCUCCGCCGGCACAGCAGCAUCACCAGCGAGGUGAGAGCCGGGCUGCAGGCAAAUGUAGUGGGGCUGGGAAGUGGCAGCGUUGCGCUCAGGAUGACGGGGUUGAGGAGUCGGAAGGGGCCUCUAUCUCUGUCGGCCACAGAACCUACAGCUGCGGCCGCGCUCGCCCUAAAGCCAGCGAAGAAGGAAGGCCGCCAGGUGAUGCGGGCCACCUGGCCGCCGCUAGGUUCAUUAGGUAUAUGCAUUCUUAUUCCCUCCCUCCCCGAGAGGCGAGUCACAGCUGUGAGCAUUGCCGAGAGGCUGUAGGCGCCGCUCGAAAAAAGAGCAGCGGGGCCAACCGCGCUCAACGCACGCACAUCACAGUGACUAUUAGAAAAAGGGACGCAAAGCCGGGGCACCCCUUACUUAGUCGGCUGCUCACCACCAAACCGAGACCCGCUCGCUACCGAGGGCACUUUCUCGACCCCUUAACCGCUGACGGCAAAUUAGCGGGGAAGACCUCCGAGCGUAGCAAAGCCAAGGAGCGCGCCGACGUUCCCAAGCAAAGUCGAGCGGCAAACCCCGCUAAGCUAGACGCGGCGGGCUUUGGACCGAGCCAGGGAGGCUAUGGGGAGGAUGUGGACCAUGAUAAUCGUACUGCUUCUGCUGCUGAUGAUGAUGGUGUCUGUGAUGAUGACCGUGUCACGGGCAGCCCCGCCGCGGUGCUCUCGCAGGGCCCGCCGAGCCCCCUCUUCCCAGAUACUAGCAUUGCAGAGCCCACCCCUGCCUGCCUCAUACACGGGCACGGGCAGCCGCACAGGCAGGCCCUCAGCGAGCACCCAGACGACCGCCUGUUGUUAGCCAAACCAACCACCUUGCCACUUCCUUUGACCCCAGAGUCUCCAAAUGACCACAAGGGAUCACCGUUUGAGAGCAAAACCAUUGAAUGCACAUUGAGUGUGGAGAUUGCUGGAACCCCAGCUCUGACACCACCUACCACGCCCCCACACAAAGCCAGUCAAGAGAAUCCAUUUAAAGUUUCGCUCAAAACCAAGUUGUCUUCAUGUUCCUCCUCAGCCUUGGCGUGUAAAAGAGCAAGGCUGGUUGAGUUGGGUCCUGGCCCCAACCGGAAGGGUCCCGAACAGACUGAGCUGUAUGCCCAGCUGAGCAGAGCGUCCACUGUGCUCCCGUACGCCGUCACUCAACAAACGGCAGGCGGCGGACUCGAGGAGCAUCGCAGUGCUAGCAACCAUAAGCGGGUUCCUCCCCGCGGCGUCAGUGACCAUGACUAUUGUCAGGCGAGCACAAAGAAGAACGGCAAUAUGGUCGACGGUUCUAUGACUUCAUUGGGGGAAAAGCUAAUCGCCCCAGGUGCCGCCGCCGCCGCGGCAGGCGCAGUGGGGAACCAGCCUGUCGGAUGUAAGGAUUCAGCCACGCCUCCACCUUCUUCACCUUCAUCAUCAACUUCUCCUCUAGUGAAGCGGCAAAGAUUAACCUCCGCGACUGGAGAUAAAGCUCGUGUCCACGGAGUCGGGAAGGAGUCCCUUCCCCAGAACUCCCAGGUCCCUUCACGGCCGGACACCUCAUCCGCCCUGAGCCGCAAGCUCUUGUGCGACCAGGAAAUCCGAGCUGAACUCAACAAGCACUUUGGCCACCCCUUGCGAGCCCUGUACAGUCAGGGUGAGAAGGAGAGGGAGCCAGGCAGCAAAGCCAACAAGGUCGACCCCUCUCCAACUUUUGAGGAAGAAGAGAUUGACUCCCAAAGGUUGCCUGGCCCCGGCUACCUGCAUUCGGGGCUCCUGUCCCUCCACGACGAGCUCGAGCUCGGCCAAGGCCGUGAGAGUCGCUUCCUCUACCCGUGGGAGGGUACCCCUCUGGACCUACUCUUUGACUGCCCCCCAUGUUCUCCCUCCUGUUCCCCACCGUUAAGCUGCUCCCCUUCACGGGGCUCCAUCUCGCCACCGUCCUCCCUCCUUCUGUCACCCAACGGACCUUUCUGCUGGACCGGUGGGAGGUCACGCUCCCGCUCUCGUUCCCACUCUGGCUCUCGGAGCUCUUCCUCAGGCUACCGGAGACGCUCCCUCUCCAGCUCGCCUGAUAGACGGUGUCGCAACAAUGAAUCAAGCACUUUCCGUUCCAGGAGUCAUAAGAGCCCGCAGUCGCGAUCUCCUCUCAGCCGCAGGCCGAGGUACGACAGCUACGAGGAGUAUCAGCACGAGAGGCUGAAGAGGGAAGAGUACCUUCGGGACUGCGAGAAGCGGGAGCUCCAAAUGGCCGAGCAGAAGGACGUGCAACGACAAAAGGCAAUCGGGGAGAGACGGGCGGUGUACGUGGGACGACUGAGGUCCGACUGCACCCGGACCGAGUUGAAGCGGCGCUUUGAAGUCUUUGGCGAGAUUGAAGAAUGUGCGGUCAACUUGAGGGAUGAUGGGGACAAUUUUGGCUUCAUCACAUACCGCUACACGUGCGACGCCCUCGCCGCCCUCGACAACGGACACACCUUGCGGCGGGCCGACGAGCCGCGCUUCGAGCUGUGCUUCGGCGGUCAAAAGCAAUUCUGCAAAUCACAUUACACAGACUUGGACUCCCAUUCGGACGACUUUGACCCCGCCUCCACCAAAAGCAAGUAUGACUCCUUGGAUUUUGACAGCUUGCUGAGGGAGGCCCAGCGCAGCCUGAGAAGGUAACCCUCUCGUGGCUUCACGCCCGAGUCGUCCACACCUUACCCCCCCGACCCGCCACCCACCCCCACGAGGGACUCCCGAUACCUCACUCGCGUCUCUUUCUUUUUGGACGACGAGAAGUUUUACACUCGAUACGCGGUGGAGUAUUGAAGAAGAGUAAAAAGUCUAUAGACCUGUCAUCAGAAUCUAUCCAAAACAAAAGUUUACAUGAACAUAGCUGCUGAAAAGCUGAGCAAGCGACUUUUGGGAAAGCCAGUGAACCCUCAGAACCUGCUACACGGCUUUGACGGCUGUAGAACCGUAAACGAAGGAAGGGAUUUAAAAAAAAAAAAAAAAAAGGAAAAGGGAUUUCCCCCAACCACAACCCCGCCCCCUCCCCCAAAGCACUACAAGACCCACAAUUCUUUGGAGGGGGUGAAAAGAUGCAGCUUGUUCAGCCAGAUUUUAUUUUGUUGUUUUUAUUUUUUUCGGGGGGGAGGGGGAGUUCUUGCUGUUUUUUUUUUUUUUCUUUUUUAAAUCUCUCUGGAUCCGGUGUUACAUUUUAAAAGCAAGCGUUUGAGGGAAUCGUAUCUCUUGUUGUCUACAUUUGAUAGAGAAGUGUAGUUGUGUAUUUGCAAAUAACUCUAAAAAGGAAUAUUUUUUAUGUUCGUGUAAAGUUGGGAAAUAAAGUUGUUUAUUUGUUACAGCUAUGCACUGUAAAACGCAGCCUUUUUCAAAAAUGCGGGGGGAAAAUUUUUUCUUAAUUCCGAAUGUCGAUGGAUGUCGAUAGUAAUUACGAUACUGUAAAACAUAUUGUACGCCGACAUGAUGUUUAGAGACAUAUAAUGAUUGUAAAAAAAAAGGCAAAAAAAAUGACCGAUUGCUCAUUUUGAGGCAGCACGUGAUCAAAUGUCCUUUUUUUUUUUAUAUAAGUUAUUCAGUCUGUUUUUUCCUCACUGUGUAAACUAUAUUUUUUUCUUUUUUACGUUUUUCAUGAUUGUAAAAACGGCCGACCCCAUUUUUUUUUAUUGAUUAUUUCUAAAACAAUCACAAGAUAUUGUGUAUAUACUGUAUGCGACAUAUUUAUGUGUGUGUACAGUGUGUAAAUAUGUGCAUAUAUAUGUCCAUAUACAGUAUAUGCACAUACAUAAUACAUGUAUGUUUGAUUUUAGUGCUUUGUACGGUUGUCAUUGAUUCAACACAGGGAGACGAUGAUGCAUUGGAAUCUUUUCAAUCAGCGGAAAUUGCAUAUUUAUGUAUUUAUUUUUUGAAUCAGCAAUAUUUAUGGGCUACAUUUUACAUGACUUUUUUGUUUAAAAAAUAUAUAUAUUUAUUUUUUAAUUUUAUUUAACGCUCAAUCACGAGACAGGGUGUCCAAUAAUUUUUCCAAGGUAGGGAAUAAUACGACCUUCUAUGCCUUUUUUCCGGAACAAUCAGUAGCUUCAUCCAGUCUCAUUACGUCGGCGGCAUUUUCCCGCUCGCUUUUUCCUUUCACGUAGAACAGAAAGCAAUAAACGGGGUUUCUUUGCAGAAAUUUCGCGCCAUUUUUGAAAGACUUUGUUGCGUCUCCGCUCUCGCUCGAUUAAGUGAAUGCCAAACGAAAAGUUUACAGUUUCCUUUCUUGAAAUUUUUUUUUAAAAAAGAUCUUUUGAAAAAAGAAAAAAACAUGUACUACUGAUAUUAUUCGCAGUAAUAACAAGAAGAGUAAUAAUAAUCUAAAUAAAAAGAGGGGAAAAUAUAUAAAAAGCAAUAAAUUAUUUUUCAGAAUUGUAUUUUAGUGCUGAUUGUUGUGAUUUUUUUAUUUUUAUAUUUAUUUUUGACCCAUUACCCAAUUGCUGUGAUGUCAGCGCCCUCGUGCCGGCCGGUCCCUUUAAGACGUCUCUGCGCCGGUAAAUGCACGUGUGACCUUUUGUGACAUCCGUUCGUGGCAAACUCCCGACUUUAGUGUUCAACGUGGUCGUGUUUGUGGUUUGCUAGUGUGCAUGGCCAAAAAUGAGAGGGUGCUGACAAUGGGAGAAAAAAGAAAAACCUCCCGCCUACCUCAUGGUAGGCCAAAUGUUUCCAUGCGCUGUUUUCUUGACGUUGGUUUGGGUAAUGGCGUCCCGUUUUUAAUAGAUGUGCGGCUUUAAUCAGUGUAAUAAACUGCUUUGUAAAUGGCCUAGAGUAGCAAUAUAUUAGAGCAAUUUUUAGUAUUGUGACCUACCGAGGAUUUUGCCACUGCUUUGUCGGGUAAUCAUGUUUUUCUUUGGAAGGACAAUAUGUGUGCGUGUGAUUUUUUGUGUGGAGAGGGAAUUUUGUGCGUGUGUGCGCGUGUGUAUGUGUGUGCGUGUGUGUGUCCUAUCCACGUUGCCUUACCAAUGCCUUUGUGGUUCUACCUAUUGUAGGAAUUUUCUUGUGAAUUUCAUUUUUCAUGUGCAAUUCUCAUCAGCCUCAUCAUGCCAAUAAAGGGAAAAAUGUGACUAUA